AGAACCAGAUUUGAGAUGGCUCCAGCCGAUGCCACAGAACCUGAAUUCCCCAAGUCAACCACGCAAGGGGGCAAGCCUCGAACAAAGACGGGUUGUUUAACUUGUCGCAAGAGGAAAGUCAAAUGUGGCGAGGAAAAGCCUCACUGUCUACGAUGCUGCAAACUGCAACGUGAAUGCACCUGGGGUGAUUUGGCAGUCACCGGAUUCUACAUCCGGAACCCUGACAUUGGACUUCAGGACCUCGACACGGCAUCACUACCUUACAUUUGUCACUUCACCACAUUUUGCUGUCGUUUUCUCGCCUACUCGAAUGACGAUAACGGGAACCCCUUCCAAGAUGAACUAGUCCCACUUGCAGGUUCAUCCUCAGCACUACUCCAUUCAAUGGCUGCGCUUGCUGCGGGCCACUUGGCAAGAAGUCAGCCUCAGCAUCAGCAUAACAUUGCAGCCGAUGCCCAUUAUUCACGGGCUCUUUCUGAAUUAUCUCGAACGCUCCUCCGAACACUCUCGGAUCCUCGAACAGUGCGUUCAGAUGCUACAUUAGGGGCAUGUCUGCUUUUGUGUAUAUAUGAGAUAUUAUAUUCGGACAAUGGCUGGCUUACCCAUCUUCUAGGAGCCAGGGACCUGAUUCAGUUCAGAGGCGGCCCAAGGGCCGACUACCUAACUCGAUUCUUCUCUCUCCUCGACAUAUCUGGAUCUCUCUCUUCCGGUGCUGGCCCUCUCCUUAGAGGUGACUACUGGCUUGAUGAUGACGCAAGUCAAGACAGUUCCGAGAACUCGAAGUUUCGCCCUUGGCCAUACUAUGAGACUGAUACUGCUGUGGUAAAUUACUCUCACAAAUUAAUGAUUUAUAUGGCUAAGCUCUCCCACCUUUCAUCCGAGUCGAUGGGUCAGUCGGAGCAAGAUGUCAUUGCCGAAAGAGCACAGAAAAUUCACGAUGAAUUACUCGCAUGGUGGCAGAGUUGCCCGUCUUCAAUACGAGACCAGAGGAACGACUGGCGAAGACAAGGUCACAAUCGGAAACUCACCGUGCCAGAAACUCUCAGAGAAGAAGCGUUCUCUAGUAUUAGGUCGCGUGUACAAGGAUGUAUUCUCUAUCUAAAUCACAUGCUCGAUCCUCGAGGUCGGGGGCCACAGAAGUUAGAGGACAUUGACGCUAUCAAAGAUAUUCUAGAGAUUGCGGAAGAGACCCCGGAGGAGUGUGGUCUGGAGAUGGGCAUUUAUUGGGGGUUGUUUAUGGCCGGCGUAGCCAUUUUUAAUAAUCAUAUGGCCGAGGAUAUAAUUCGACGGAAAUUGAAAGCUAAAACUACUUCUAGCCUUUGGCACGCUGAUCGAGCGUUAUAUUUGCUCGAAGUCUUAUGGCAAAAACAGCAUCUAUCUUUGGUCAAGGACGAUUGGAGAGAGGUGCAAAAGCAGAUGCAAAUCCAGAUGUAAAUCCCCGGUGCCUAUUCUUUGAGGAAAUGUUAUUAAUAGGACCUUACGCAACAGCUUCAUUCUUGCCUAGAUGUACAUUAAUAUCGCAGAAGUAGAACUCUUGCUUGUCACGCAUUUUGAGAAGAAGUGCGUGAGGCAAUUGGCACGAAUCAAAGCUGAGCCUGUAGUGGGAUCAGCCACAGAUACCAAGAGCCAACAGGGUAGUGAGUGCUUUUUUAUUUAUUUUUACGCAUUCCAGUUUGUGCUAUGAAGAAAGUCUCAUCAUGUGCCCAGCUGCUAAGUGGAGAGG